ACGGUCCAUGGGCCUACGAAGGAUGCAAAUGCAAAACCCUAGUCGGAGUUGACGGAAGACCCGAAAAUGACCGAUAAGCUAUCAACGUUCUUUGAUUCCGGUAUCUACCGGUUCGAAAACUCGAACGUGGUUUUCAUCGAUCCGGUUCGAGCCAUGAACCGUUCAUACACCCGGUUUAGGGUUUCUCCUUCUGCGUACUAUCCUCGCUUCUUCGGAUCCAAACCCGCGGGUCAAGAAUCCAAGGUUUCAUCCAAUUCGAGAAAGCGAAAGCGUAAGGAGAAGAAGAAGAAGCCUCACGCUCUCAAUGAACGCGAAAAAAUCGCCGAUCAACGACACCAGGAAGUAAGGCCUUUGUUACUGAAGGCGCACGGAUGUUUGAUGAGAGAAACUGAUCUAUUGGAGGUAAUAAGCAAUCUGCGGAGUGAUUUUGAUUCCUCGAGAGGAUGCGGGGACUCAGUUUCGCCUGGUGUUCUGGAACAAUCUUUUGUUGAAUUGGGACGGGUGUGGCAAGCCCCUCUAUAUGAGAUAACUCUUAAUUUCGAUCAAUGUGAGAAGCCAAAUGCUGAUGGAGGUUCCCCAAUCAUGCAAUACAGUGAACAAAGAGUGCUUCCUAUCUUUGAUAACUUAGUUCUCAAUGAGACGGGUGAUGAUGUCGAGGCUGAAUUUCUUAACAGUCGAUAUGUAAUACCUCGAGAGAGCUCAUUCUACAUGUCUGAUCUCGGGCAGAUUCACAAACUGAUUCCUGCUGACUCUGGUUGUGGCUUCAAUCUUAUUGUGAUUGAUCCACCAUGGGAAAAUGGAAGUGCCCAUCAGAAGUUAAGGUACCCAACUUUGCCCAACCAUUAUUUCUUAUCGCUUCCUAUCAAGCAACUUACUCACACAGAUGGAGCACUUGUAGCCUUGUGGGUGACCAAUAGAGAGAAAUUACGUGGUUUUGUUGAGAAAGAGCUCUUUCCUGCUUGGGGAGUCAGAUAUGUGGCCAGUUUUUAUUGGUUGAAGGUGAAAGCAGAUGGCUCGAUGAUUAAUGAUUUAGACCUCUUUCAUCAUAGACCAUACGAAUGCCUUUUAUUGGGCCAAUGCCAUAGGAAGGCCAUGGAUUCUAAUUGCCGGUCAAAAUCUAAGCCUGUACAAGAUAAUCAGAUAAUUAUUAGCAUCCCUGGAGAUUACUCAAGGAAGCCCCCAGUUGGAGGGUUGCUGAUGGAUUAUGUUCCAGGGUUCAAGCCGGCUCGAUGUAUAGAACUAUUUGCUAGAGAAAUGAUUUCUGGAUGGACUUCUUGGGGGAAUGAACCGCUUCAUUUUCAGGAGUUGAGAUAUUUUAUUAGGGAUUGAUGAGUGGUGCACCUGGGCAAACAUAACUUAUGGGGACCUCAAACAUAGUUCAAUAGUUCCUUAUUUAAUUUCAUUUUGAAAGAUGCAAAUCCUGUUCUUGCUGAUUUGUUAUUGUGAUUAAAUGAGCUCGAUGGGUAAGAGUUCCGCUUGAAAUAAUGUGUCCAUGAAGCUCCAACCACUGCCAGUACUUGGAAUCUGUAUGCGUGCCUCUGCCUUGAUCGAGGUCCAGGAUGCCCAUGUUUCAAGACUAUGAGGAUGUAGUAUAUCUAGUGAGUGAGUAGGAGGAGAAUAUUCAUAUACCGUGCGAGUAGAUUGUAUUUUCCUUCGUUAUGUGGAGGCAUUGAAGUUAGCAUAUUUGCAUGAAGGAGGAUGAUUGUCAUAAAUUGCUCUCAAUUUUGUUCAUUCAUUCGUUUUUAUUUAAUAGGUGGUUAAUUUGUAAUUAUAGAUUGUUUAAGGACUGCUUUUUCCAAACAGCAACUUUUGAUUUUGUCGAUGAGGUCCUUGCCCCGAGGCUUACGUUUUACCUCGAAGUUAAGACAAUUGUACUUGAGAAUAAUAGUAAUGUUUUUAUUUUUUA